AUGAAGAGCAACCCUGCAGGCGCCUUGCCAGAGGCCUGUCGAGCUGCAGCGCAGGCCCCACCACCAGGGCUGCAGCAGAAGACUCAAGUCAAACCCACCCAAGCCCCCAGACAGAAGUUUCUGGUGACAGGAGGAGGAGGCUACCUGGGUUUUAGCCUGGGCUCCAGCCUGGCUAAGAGCGGCACUUCAGUCAUCCUGCUUGACCUCCGCAGACCCCAGUGGGCUCUGCCCCCAGGGAUUGAAUUUAUCCAGGCGGAUGUCCGAGAUGAAGAGGCGCUGUACCGCGCCUUUGAAGGAGUGGACUGUGUUUUUCACGUGGCCUCCUAUGGCAUGUCUGGCGCUGAGAAGCUGCAGAAAGAGCAGAUUGAGUCUAUAAAUGUUGGAGGCACCAAACUAGUGAUUAAUGUGUGUGUCCGUCGGCGGGUGCCCAGGCUUGUGUACACCAGCACUGUCAACGUGGCAUUUGGAGGAAAGCCCAUAGACUGGGGCAACGAGGACUCUGUGCCAUACUUCCCCCUGGACAAGCACAUGGACCACUACUCCCGAACCAAAGCUAUUGCUGACCAGCUGACCCUCACGGCUAAUGGGACACCUCUCCUGGGAGGAGGCAUCCUUCGCACCUGUGUGCUGCGACCUCCCGGGAUCUACGGCCCCGAAGAGCAGAGGCACUUACCCCGGGUGGCGAACCACAUUAAGAAGAGACUGUUCAUGUUCCGAUUCGGGGACCACGGGAUGCGGAUGAACUGGGUCCACGUCCAGAAUCUGGUGCAGGCACAUGUGCUGGCCGCUGAGGCCCUUACUGCAGCCAAAGGCUAUGUGGCCAGUGGACAAGCAUACUACAUCAACGACGGGGACAACGUCAACCUCUUUGAGUGGAUAGCUCCACUGUUUGAGAAGCUGGGAUACAGGCAGCCCUGGAUCCAGGUGCCGACCUCCUUGGUUUAUGUGACAGCCGCCGUGUCGGAGUACCUUCAUCUGGCCCUGAGGCCCCUCUGCAGCAUUCCACCUCUGCUCACCCCCAGUGAGGUGCUCAGCAUGACCGUGACGCACACCUUCCAGAUCGCCAAGGCCCGCGCCCAGCUGGGCUACGCGCCUGACAAGUUCAGCUUUGCGGACGCGGUGGAAGGAUACGUGCAGUCCACGACUCCGACCACGCAGCCCCGGGGCUCCACGGCCCGGACGCUCCUGCGGCUGCUGCUCGUGCUGCUGCUCUGCGCAGGACUGCUCGGCCUGGCCCUGCACCUCCUCGGCGGACACCCACGGCCGGCGCCGGUGCAGCACCUCUGA